AUGUCCACAAACACCCGCCCCCCCAACACUUCCCACUCCCACUCGCACUCUCACCCCCCCGAAAAAUCCUAUUUCGAACAGCAGCGCGGUAUUUUACUUGGGGAAAUAGCGAUUGUCGGCAAUGAAUUUUCCUCCGUCGAAGCCCUCUGGUCACAAUUCGAAAAUGUAAUGGCCAAAGACGAAUCCUCACCCCAUCCCUCAGACGAUAUGCAAGUUCCAGCCCCAGCUCAAACCCAAACACAAACUCAAGCCCCAGAAACCGAGGCAUCGCCAUCUAAACCUGGAAGAAGAGAAGUUUAUGAGGGAGAGGAGGAGGAGGAAACUAUUAUGGGACAUGAUGCGCGGUUUUAG